ACACACAAACACACACACAUACACACCAACUUUCCCCCGGGCCGCAGGGCAUGCUGGGAGCGCUAGCCCUUCCGGGGCGCCUCCGGACCUCGGGUUCUGGCAUCCCCGUGGAUGCCCUGAGACUCCGCCUUCCCAGGAGCCCCUGCGGCCCUGCGAAGAUGGCGGCGACAGCGGCCCUGCUUCCCUGAAGCCGCUGCGAUGGAACCUCCCCCAGCUCCGGGGCCGGAGCGGCUCUUUGACUCGCACCGGCUCCCGAGUGACGGCUUCCUGCUGCUCGCGCUGCUGCUCUACGCUCCGGUCGGCCUCUGCCUCCUGGUUCUGCGCCUCUUCCUAGGGCUCCACGUCUUCCUGGUCAGCUGUGCUCUGCCCGACAGCGUCCUCCGCAGGUUCGUGGUACGGACCAUGUGUGCGGUCCUGGGGCUCGUGGCCCGGCAGGAGGACUCCGGACUCCGGGAUCACCGCGUCAGGGUCCUUAUUUCCAACCAUGUCACCCCUUUUGACCACAACAUAGUCAAUCUGCUCACCACCUGUAGCACCCCUCUACUCAACAGUCCCCCCAGCUUUGUGUGCUGGUCUCGGGGCUUCAUGGAAAUGGAUAGGCGGGUGGAGUUGGUGGAGUCACUCAAGAAGUUCUGUGCUUCCACAAGGCUCCCGCCCACGCCUCUGCUGCUCUUCCCCGAGGAAGAGGCCACCAAUGGCCGAGAGGGGCUCCUGCGUUUCAGUUCGUGGCCAUUUUCUAUCCAGGACGUGGUACAGCCUCUUACGCUGCAAGUUCAGAGACCCCUGGUCUCUGUGACGGUGUCAGAUGCCUCCUGGGUCUCAGAACUGCUGUGGUCACUUUUCGUGCCCUUCACGGUGUAUCAAGUAAGGUGGCUUCACCCCAUUCAUCGGCAGCCGGGGGAGGAGAGUGAGGAGUUUGCACGCCGUGUACAACAGCUGGUGGCCAAGGAACUGGGCCAGACAGGGACACAGCUCACUCCGGCAGACAAAGCCGAACACAUGAAGCGACAGAGACACCCCAGAGUGCGCCCCCAGUCAGCACGGCCGUCUUUCCCCUCUCCUCCCAGCCCUUCCGAUGGGCAGCUGACUGCUCUGGCUCAAAGGGUCAAGGAGGUUUUACCCCAUGUGCCACUGAAUGUCAUCCAGAGAGACCUGGCCAGGACUGGGUGUAUAGACUUGACCAUCACGAAUCUGCUUGAGGGGGCUGUGGCUUUCAUGCCUGAAGAUGUCACUGAGGGAGCACAGUCCCUGUCCACAGCCUCUGCCCCAAAGUUCCCCAGCUCUGGCCUGGUGACCCCUCAGCCCACAGCCCUAACAUUUGCCAAGUCUUCCUGGGCCCGUCAAGAGAGCCUGCAGGAGCGCAAGCAGGCACUGUAUGAAUAUGCAAGAAGGAGAUUCAGAGAGAGACAGGCCCAGGAGGCUGACUGAUCCAAAGGAACAGGAUGGUACCCAGAGCCGCAGGACGGAGACUGGGGGCAGCCCUCACCCAGCUCAACAGGCCUGAUGAGUGGGUGGUAAAAGGGAGGGAUGGAGCGCCCCCAAUGUCGCAUUAAAUUCAGGGUUUUCACUCAA